AACUAUAGUAGAAAGGCAGAAAGAGAACAAACCCAAAACCCAACAAUAAAAUAAAACCUCAAACGAAGGGAAUUCGCGCAUCUCUCUUCAAUCAUCCCGAAUUACCAAGUCCUCUCCACAACUCCUCUCUCUUAAAUCAUUACUUUUCCAGAAAUCACACACCAAAGAAAAAAUAAUCCUCGCACACAUUACAUCACGCAACGUUCUCUCUCUUUUUUUUUUUCCUUCCAAAGAUAAUAGAUGGAAACAAUCCACCGCUCUCCUUCUCUGUUCCUCUUUAAUCCACCCCAAACCCAACACCGAAUCCAAACCAACCACUGUUUUUAUUCCUCGUAUUCUUAUUCUAGUUGCCUUCUCCGCCUCAUUCUCUUCUCUCCAUCUUUUUAUCCCGCCCCUCUCUCUAAUUCCUCUCUGUUCGUUCUUAUUGUUCUUCGCUUUUUUCGGUGGUGUUAUUAUUCUUUUUGGUAUUAUUAUUAUUAUUAUUUUUCUCCGCCGAAUCUCACCGCACAUCUCGACGUUCUUUUUUUUUUUGGUUUUUCUUUUGGUUUUUUUUCCACGCCAAAUUGUGGUCCUUUUUUUCCUCCUCGUGGUAUAAAUUGAUGCGGAGAAGGAAUUUGUCCUCUUAAAAACAGAAGACUUAGGUUCGGACUUUUCGCCUCCAAUCUUCAUCCUAUUCUUGGUCUAGGGCUUGGCCCGCUGCCGAUGGAGAUCGGAGAGGGCGGCGAGGGGAAGCCCCCACCGGAGGGGUGCAAGAAGCCGGCAUCGACGCCGGAGGGGGGCGAUACGAAACCGCCGAAGAGGAAGAUGAAGAGCCCGUACCAAUUGGAGGUUCUGGAGAAAACCUAUGCCGUGGAGACCUAUCCGUCGGAGGUGCUGAGGGCGGAGCUGUCGGCGAAGACGGGGCUAUCGGAUCGCCAGCUGCAGAUGUGGUUCUGUCACCGGAGGCUGAAGGACCGGAAGUUCCCGCCGGCAAAGAGGCAGCGGAAGGAGGAGGAGCCGCAGCCGCCUGCCGCGGCGGGGGGUGAUGUGAUGAUGGGGUCAGGGAGUGCAGGGGCGGGGUUGAGCUCGAAACCCUUUGCAGGGGGGCUUGGGAGUGGUGGAGAGACAAGGAAGGCCGUCUCCCGGUCUGCUGCAGCUGUCUCGAGGAUCGCGUUGGAGAUGUCGUCUGCUGGAAAGAGGUAUCAUGAGCCUCCACCGGGGCUGCUACCGGUGGUGCAGCCACUGCCCCUCUCAGUGGCCGAGCUCCGUGUGAUUGCUUCUGUGGAAGCGCAGCUUGGGGAGCCGCUGAGGGAGGAUGGACCCAUUCUCGGUGUAGAGUUCGAUCCUUUGCCGCCUGGUGCUUUUGGUGCACCUAUAGCAAUGCCAUCGCAGCAGAAGCAGCCUUUGCGACCUUAUGAUGGCAAAAUGUUUGAGAGGCAUGAUGCAAAGGUGAUUAAGGCAUCAACUUUCUUGCCUAGCGUAGAACAUUGUUUAAUGCCAAGUUCAUCUAAUGGGAAGAGGAAGCCGGCAGUUGGAGGUUCUAGUGUAGUUCAUCCUCAGAUGGGUCCAAGGGCUCUUCAUGAAUAUCAGUUUCUACCUGAGCAGCCAAGUGUCCGAUCAGAGGCAUAUGACAGGGUAUCUCAAUCUCAUUUCUAUGAUUCUUCAGUGGAUGCUCCUGGUACCAGGAUUCCAUCUUUAACUUCAGGAGCGCAAUAUUUGCAUGGAAAUGAACAGCUGGCUCCUAAUUACACUUUUCAAGGUCAAAUGUCUGGUGCCAACCUCUUGUCUCAUCAAGGCCGGCAGCAAAUUUAUUCUGCAGUUGCAACAGAGUAUGAGACUGCUCCGCACAGCAGCUCAUUUGCCAGUGCUUCAAGUGACACUCAAUUUGGUGUUCAUCAAGUCAUGGGAUUAGAAAAUCCAUAUUUAUCAUCUGAUAGGAGGAUUUUUCGUGAUGAAGAUUCUUCUCGUAUGGAGAGGAAACGCAAGAGUGAAGAAGCAAGAAUUGCAAAGGAGGUUGAAGCCCAUGAGAGGCGGAUACGGAAAGAGCUUGAAAAACAAGAUAUUUUGAGAAGAAAGAGAGAAGAACAAAUGCGGAGGGAAAUGGAAAGGCAUGACCGUGAAAGAAGAAAGGAAGAAGAGAGGAUGAUGCGUGAAAAACAGAGAGAGGAAGUGAGAUUUCAAAGGGAACAAAGACGUGCACUUGAGCGCAAGGAGAAAUUCUUGCAGAAAGAAACCCGAAGAGCUGAGAAGAUGAGGCAGAAAGAAGAACUGCGAAGAGAGAAGGAGGCUGCAAGGCUUAAAGCUGCUCAUGAGAGGGCUACAGCUCGCAGGCUUGCUAGAGAAUAUAUGGAGCUUAUUGAAGAUGAGCGCUUAGAACUAAUGGAGUUGGCUGCAUCAAGUAAAGGAUUGUCCUCAAUUUUCUCACUUGACUGUGAUACGCUGCAGCAGCUAGAUUCAUUUAGAGAUAUGUUGAGUUUAUUUCCGCCCAAAUCAGUGCAACUGAAGAGACCUUUUGCAAUUCAACCUUGGAUGGAUUCUGAAGAGAACAUUGGGAACCUUCUUAUGGUUUGGAAAUUUUUAAUUACUUUUGCUGAUGUCCUUGGACUUUGGCCAUUCACUCUUGAUGAGUUUGUUCAAUCUCUCCAUGAUUAUGACUCGAGACUGCUGGGGGAGAUACAUGUUGCUUUAUUGAAAUCUAUCAUUAAAGAUAUCGAGGAUGUUGCAAGGACUCCAGCUAUUGCAAUGGGAGCUAACCAAAAUAGUGCUGCUAGUACAGGAGGAGGUCAUCCACAGAUUGUUGAAGGGGCAUAUGCUUGGGGCUUCAACAUACGCAGCUGGCAGCGCCACUUAAAUUACUUGACAUGGCCUGAAAUAUUGCGACAAUUUGCUUUGUCAGCUGGAUUUGGGCCUCAAUUGAAGAAAAGAAAUGUGGAACAUGUUUAUUUCCGUGAUGACAAUGAGGGUAAUGAUGGUGAGGAUGUAAUUUCCACUUUACGGGAUGGUUCCGCUGCUGAAAAUGCAGUUGCAUGGAUGCAAGAAAAAGGUUAUACUCAUAGGCGUAGAUCUCGGCACCGGUUAACCCCUGGUACUGUCAAAUUUGCUGCUUUUCAUGUCCUUUCUCUCGAGGGAAGCAAAGGCCUCACAAUACUAGAAGUUGCAGACAAGAUUCAGAAAUCUGGUUUAAGGGAUCUCACGACAAGCAAGACACCAGAGGCAUCUAUUGCUGCCGCAUUGUCCAGAGAUACAAAACUUUUUGAAAGAACAGCUCCUUCAACAUAUUGUGUGCGACCUCCUUUUAGAAAAGAUCCUGCUGAUGCAGAAGCUGUACUAUCAGCUGCACGAGAAAAGAUACGAGUAUUCCAAAAUGGACUUUCAGAUUCUGAAGCUGAGAAGGAUGCAGAAGAUGCUGAUGAUGCUGAAAGAGAUGAAGAUUCUGAAUGUGAUGUUGCUGAUGACCCUGAAGUUGAUGAUGCCAGUAUUGAAGCAAAACUGAACAAGAAUGUUCCUUUUGCAACUGAAUUAAAAGAUACUAGAGCAUCAACUUCCCUAGGUACUAACAAGGAGGCAGUUUGUGAUGAGGUCGAAUUAACUCCACGGAAUGUUUCUAGGAAUGUGGAAAAAGGUCAUUCGGUUCCUCCUCCUGAAAAUUCCAAAGUGAUAAGUGCUUCAGGUGCUUCCCAGUCCCUUGAUGUUGAUUCAAACUGCCAUGGGGUAGUUAGUGCUGACAUGGAGGACAUUGAGGUUGAUGAAAGCAACUUUGGUGAACCAUGGGUUCAGGGACUGACAGAAGGUGAUUAUUCUGAUCUUAGUGUUGAAGAGCGUGUUAAGGCGCUUGUGGCCUUGAUUGGUGUUGCUGUUGAAGGAAACUCCAUACGUGUUAUUCUUGAGGAACGUUUGGAAGCUGCAAAUGCUCUAAAGAAGCAAAUGUGGGCGGAGGCACAGCUUGAUAAAAGACGUUUUAAAGAAGAGUAUGCAAGCAAAUUACAGUAUACUUCUUUCACAGGGAGCAAAGCUGAGGCAACCCAAACAAAUGCCGCAACAGAGGGAGAUCAAACUCCACUGCACACUGUUGAGAAUCAGAGCUGUGAUGGGAAUCCAAAUACCAUCACCAAUGACCAGUAUCUUGAGCAAAACAGUCAGAUAACUAUUAGUAAUGUGUCUGCUGAGAAGAAUUCUUUAGGGCAAGAUUUUUCUACAAAUGCAGACACUCUUCCUCCUCAACAAUAUGGAUAUGCAGCUGAGAAGUCACGUUCCCAGUUAAAAUCAUACAUUGGUCACAAGGCAGAACAACUAUAUGUAUAUAGGUCUCUGCCCUUGGGUCAAGAUCGUAGGCGUAAUCGGUACUGGCAGUUUUCAACAUCUGCUUCACCAAAUGAUCCUGGUUCAGGAAGAAUCUUCUUUGAGUCCAAAGAUGGCUUUUGGAGGCUUCUUGAUUCAGAGGAGGCAUUUGAUGCUCUUCUGGCUGCCCUUGAUACGCGUGGUAUUAGGGAGUCGCAUUUGCAUUCUAUGUUGCAAAGAAUUGAGACAACCUUCAAAGAAGCAAUUAGGAGGAAAAAAUGUACCACCUCUCUGAACUCAGCUGGAGGUCCUGCAAAAGGAGGGGCUAGUGAAAUGACAUCAAGUCCUGAUUGCAGCACUGAAUUUGAUAGUCCCAGCAGUACUCUCUGUGGUCAUACUUCUGAUGCAUUGGAAUUCUCGAAAUCUUUCAAGAUUGAACUUGGGCGGAAUGGGAUCGAGAAGAAUGCUGCUUUGCAAAGGUACCAGGGCUACUUAAAAUGGAUGUGGAAAGAAUGCUACAAUCCUCAUAUGUUAUGUGCCAUGAAAUAUGGGAAGAAAAGAUGUUCUGAGGUGCUACAAACUUGUCAUUUCUGCUACCAGUCUUACUUAGCUGAAGAAAGGCAUUGCCCUACUUGCCACAAGACAUUCAAACCCUUUCAUAAUGCUGAUUCGAAUUUCUCAGAACAUGUGACUCAGUGUGAAGAAAAGCGAAAAAUGGACUCUGAGUUGAAAAUGCAAGUUUCAGAUUCUUCUCCUCCCAUUGGGAUCAGGCUGCUUAAGGCAAAGUUGGCUGUGAUUGAGGUCUCCAUUCCAGCAGAAGCUCUUCAGCCUUUUUGGACUGAAGGAUAUAGAAAGUCUUGGGGUGUAAAGUUGCACUCCUCAUCAUCUGCUGAGGAACUCUUCCAGAUUCUGACUUUGUUAGAAGGUGCAAUAAAACGGGACUGUCUAUCAUCGCAUUUUGAAACAACAACUGAACUGCUGAGUUCUACUACACCAGGAUUUUUUGUAGACAGCACUGUUGGCCUUUAUGGUUCAGUUCCUGUACUUCCAUGGGUGCCUGAUACUGCAGCAGCUGUGACUUUAAGACUGUUGGAUUUUGAUUCCUCAAUUUCUUACAUGCUGCACCAGAAGCUGGAAUCUCAUAAAGAGAAGGAAGUAGGAGAGUUCAUUAAACUUCCAUCAAGAUAUGCUGUGGUCAAGAACUUCCAAGAGCUGGAUCCAGCAGAUACCGCAGACCAAGUAGAUUACCAGAGAGAGGCUAAGUGGCUUGAUCCUGGAAGUAGACGUAGAGGUCGCGGACGAGGGAGCCGUGGUCGGGGCGGAAGGGGUCGUGGUCGUGGAGGGAGAGGCUCCAGAGGGAAUGGAAGCUCCGCCAGAGUAGAGUUCAGAGAUGAUAACAUCAAUAGUUUUGAGAAGACCACAAAGAAGUAUACAAGAAGAGGCAGGACACGUGGCCGAGGAGGACGUAGGCGGGGUCGUCGCACCGUUAGGCCACGUCAAAGAUCUGAGAGCAGGGUGCCAACAUUUCGAAAGGAGUCUUUGUUUGGCAAUUUUAACAGCGUGAGUAAUAGUGUCAAGCAGGACAAUGUUGAGGAGUCUCCAAGAAGCUCAGGUGGAGAAGAGUGGGGUUUAGAGGACACCCGUAGGGCAUACAUCGAAGAUGAUGACAACAGUGAAGGUUCCCAAUCUGAUGAAAAUGGUCAGGCAUCGGGAGAGGAGUAUGAUGACCAGGCAGCAGACUAUGCUAUAGACUACGAUGAGAGCAAACCCAUAGGACUAAUGGAUGAUGAGAGUCAAGAGGAGGAUGAUCCAGAAGAUGACGAGGAAGGAGAUGAAGAGGUAGAGGAAGAUGAGGUGGACCGUAAUGGGCAUGAGGUCUUGGAUGCUGAUGUGGAUGAUGAAGAUGAUGAAGAAAUUGGGGAUGAGGGGGAGGUCAGGGAUGAAGGAAAUGGAGAUGAAGAUGAAGGCGCUUCAUCGUUCUCUUCAGAAUACAGUGAUUAAGGAUUUCUAACUCUUCCAGUAUAGCGUAGAAGAAAAAUAUUUAAGAAAAUGAUAACUAUCCAUUUUCCUUUUUGCGUGGUGAUAGCUGUAGCUGUAGUUAUUCUUUUUUCAAUGACUGAUGGUAUUCAAGUGCUGAGGCAGUAUGAUGAAGUUUUCUAAUUGCCUCUGCAAUCUGAGGUGAAUUCUGGACAGCUCAGAUAAGGGAAGGACCUCUCUGUCAGUGGGAAGGGCUGCUUUGAGGCAGGUUUGCUCUAUUCGUCCAGCUGGCAGCAAAAUUGGAUCAGGCCAAGUAAUACCGAGUGAUGUGACAGAAAUUUGUAGAUUUUGUGUCGGUCAGGUCUUUCAAGGCUGUUCUAUGUACCUAUUAAACGAUUUAUCUUUUAUUUAUAAAAGUUUUCAUUUGGUUAGGAUA